CAUGGCAAUUGUUCGUGCUGAACCGACCGGAGUCCCACCAACCGUAACUACUGUGGCCAACUCUCCCUCCGUACCUAUCUUCUGCUGGCGGGAGUUUGCGUGUGGUUGGGGAGCGGCCUUUGUAAACAUUACCGUCACCUACCCGAUCUACAAGAUGAUUUUCCGGCAGAUGUUGCACGGAGUGCAGCUAACGCAAGCGUUCGGGCAGCUGCGCGGUGAAGGGAUGACCUAUCUGUAUCGUGGUAUGUUUCCGCCGUUGGCUCAGAAAACUAUCUCCCUGUCGUUGAUGUUUGGUGUGUACGAUAGUACACGCAGGCCGCUGGUAGAGUAUUGUAAUGUGAAUCCGUACACGGCCAAAACGGUAGCCGGCAUUGUGGCGGGAACAUUCGAAGCCGCGAUGAUGCCGUUCGAACGGGUCCAGACACUGCUUGCUGAUGCGACGUACCAUCAAAAAUAUCGCAACACGCAUCAUGCGUUCAAAAUAAUCAUUCUGGAAAAUGGUAUUAAAGAGUUGUACCGUGGCCUGGUACCGGUGCUUUGGCGCAAUGGACCAUCUAAUGCAAUGUUUUUCGUUCUAAGAGAGGAAGCCGACAGCCGAUUACCGAAGCGGGUUUCAAUAGUUUCGCAACGUACGCAGGAGUUUGUUGCGGGUGCGUGCAUUGGUGCAUUUAUCAGUUCGCUAUUUUAUCCCCUGAACGUGGUGAAGGUGACGAUGCAGUGCCGUGUUGGAGGUCCGUACGAUAGUAUGUGGACAGCGUUACGGCAGGUGUACAACGAGCGGGACCGCAAGAUCAGAAAUGUGUACAAAGGUGUCAGCAUGAACUGUACUCGUGCAUUCUUUAGCUGGGGCAUUAUGAAUACGGCUUACGAGCAAUUAAAGAAAGUGUUCUAUUGA